AUGUCGCCUUUCCAAAAAGAUGAGGGAUUCUUUACCAAAGACUGGACCAUUACCCUCCCUUCUAGACCAGAGCCAAACCUGAAAUACAUUCGCUUGACGCCAAACGAAACAGCUGGAUUUGAACGCUUUGUAGAAGAAGCAGCUAGCCGACCGGCCGCGAAAUCCUCAAACACUGAAACCUCUCCUGUUGGGCUCAAAGCCUCAUUCGAACCCGGAGGCAGAAUGCAAAAGAUGUACAUCGAGUCUCAAACACAACACCACGCCCUUGAUGUAUUCAUCUACCUAGACGACAGAUUCGUAGGCUGGGGAGCCAUGUACGAGAUCACACCCCCCUUCUCGAAGCCGAGUGUUGCAAACAUCGGUAUCAAGCUACUCCCAGAGGUUCAAGGGAAAGGAUUAGGAAAGACACUCAUGCAGCUCUUGUUGCGGUUGAGUAAUGAGGUAGAUGCGGAUAUCAUCGAAGCGGGAACCAUGAAGGAGAAUGCUUCAAUGAGAGCAAUCGCGAAGAGCGUCGGCUUAGUUGAGUCGGAUAAGAUCAAUUUCGUUCCUGGACGGGGUGUUGUGGCUGAUGUAAUGUUUGAGAAUAUUGAGAGGGAGAGGUGGAGGGAUUUUGAUAUGCUGGUUGAGUUGAGGGAGAAGGUUGUAGAACUUCAAGUUUCGCAUCUGAACACACCGCUUCUAGACAAUUAG